AUGUCCAUCGCGCAGCUCUCGCAGCUGUUACCGCUUCCUGAUGAGGAGCUCAAGCAGGUCCUCGAUUACGCCUCUACUCUCUCCACAGCCGAAGCGGCGGAUCACUUUGGAAAUCUACUAGGAGACUCUCCUCAAGCGAUCGAGUUUAUAUCGUCGUUCAACUCCCGGAGACAAACAUCGGCGCCCGGUAGCUCCUCGUACUCCAAUGCUGCUGCACCGCCAGAACCCGAGUCGCAGAAUAUCGAGGCCGUACCCAAGGCGAAACGCCAACCGAAAAAGAAGAAGGCAAACAUACACACACCACAGGCUAGACAAGUUAGCGAAUAUGCUGCGCCUGCUGGUACGACGUACAGCAAGAAGGAUUUGAGUCUUGAUUACAUUCCUCAGCGGUCGAGCGCUCCUAGCAGUAACCAUGCUUCGAGAUCAUCGACUCCGAAACCCGAUCCUAAGCCUGUCGCGAAGCCUCCUCCUAAACAACAUGCUUCAGCCGGUUACAUGCUUGGUGAGGGACCACCCAAGUCAAAAUCCAAGUCGACUCCCGCUUCGCGCAGUUCCACACCAAAGCCAGCUGCAACCACUACCAAGAUUUCAAUAGCUGGAGGCAUGCCCAUGGCUGGCGCCUCAACUGCCAUAUCUGAUCUUGAUGCUGCUAUCCGUGCGCUUGAGAUCUCCACAAACCCCACACUGGAAAACUCCAAGUCUAGAAAGUGUAAUUGUGUUGCUACGAGACAUCCUCUGCAAGGCGCAGCACCAAACUGUCUCUCUUGUGGCAAGGUGAUAUGCAUGAAAGAGGGGUUGGGACCUUGUACUUUCUGCGGCAGUCCUCUCCUAACACCGGAUGAUGUUCAAAUGAUGAUACGAGAGCUUAAGGAUGAGCGAGGGCGUGAACGACAGGCCGCUAACCGCGAUGCCAAUCGUCGCGCUGACGUAGCCAAGACACCGGCACCGUUUACUCAACCCCGCGGUAACGACGGCCCUUCACUUAGCGAAGCCGAAGCCAAGGCUCGUGCUCAUCGUGACAAGCUUCUCAACUUCCAAGCCCAGAACGCAAAGCGAACUACCGUCCGCGAUGAGGCGGCUGACUUCGACGUGGGCGGAGCACUUACAGGAACGGGCAGCAUGUGGGCGACUCCUGAAGAGCGAGCACGCGAAUUGAAGAGACAACAAAAGGUCCUGCGAGAGAUGGAAUGGAACGCACGACCAGACUACGAGAAGCGUAAGCAAGUUGUUAGCAUUGAUGUAGUGGGAGGCAAGGUCGUCCGCAAGAUGGCGGCUGUCGAACGUCCCGUUACACCCGAGUCCGAAGAUGAGAUCGUUGAUGAGGCCAACAACGGUGGCUUUGAGGACUCAUCUACGAAUAAGGGUAGUGAAGGAAAUGGAGGCGCUUUCAGUGGCAAUCCUCUGCUUGGAUCAUUAAUUAAGCCUGUCUUUGAUGCCAAGGGCAAGGGUGCUGAGGUAGAGGGACGGGAGGCACGAAAAAAGAAGGGAUGGCAGCGCGUUCAGCAUGAUCUUGAUAACAACGAGGGAGUCAUCUUGGAUGGCGGUGUCUAUGGACAUGCUGGAAAUGAUGAGCCAGCAUGUGGAUGA